AUGGACCCACUCGUGCCAAAAUUUUCCCCCUAUGAAUUGGAUUACACCACUGACAUACAACAGAAGAUGCGCGUUCCAGACAAAAUCUCAUACGAUUCUGAUAAGUCUAUAAUAGCAACCGAAGAUGAACCAAUCGCCUUACGGAACUAUACGGUUGCCGACCUGGUCUUAGAUGUCAAUAAUCCCUCAGUGAAAUCUCCGGGAUUUAGUCCCGACCUUUUGAACAAUUCGGAUGUACGGGGUUCGACUUUCGCAAGGGGGGCGAGAUGGCCCAAGUUGUUAGAGAGCGAAUUUACUGACUGGAAGGUCCGUGGUUCGAAUCCGACCUCUGCCUCUCGAUUUCCCCUGUCUAGGCUUGGGCAAUCUGGCAGUAUCCCAGCCCUCUUGCAACCCUCGGGUGGCGUGGCAGCUAGGCACCGGAAGGCGGAACUGAGGCGUCUUCAGGUGUUCGACAAUCGUUGUCUCAGAACCAUGCCUCGUGUGGGUUAG